GCCGCCCGUCCGACAGUCGCCGUUCUACGUAGCCGGACGUUUGUCGUCGGUCGUCCCGUUCGCGUGUCGUCGCGGUCAGUGCAGUGUGUUCAGUCUUGUUCGAGUGUGCUUGCGCGGUUGUUCUCUUCGCGAUAUUUUCGGCGUCGGGUCGGUCCAGACCCACAUCGCAGUUUCCGGCGGACGACUCGCCCGCAACGAUCAGCGGACCGUCACCACCAGUCGUCGGAUUUUCAAAAAUCGGUCCCAUCGCGUUUCGGCGCGGAUGGACUGACACGCUGUGCCGAUAUCGCAGCGUAGGCCAUCUGAAGAUAUGGACAGAACAUUAUGGAAGAAUACAAUAACUUCAUAUGCCGGGUGGUUUACUAACUCCUUACGUCGACGAAGAUCUAUAUUAUUUGGGCUCAUAUUCAGCAUACUUCUUUUCGUAGUAUGUGUACAAUACAAUGCGUCAAAUGAUAUAGGUAUCCAAAACAUCCAAAACACUUUAGUGAUGUCUGAGUUUGAUGCUGACGAACAAGCUUUGAAUAAACACCAAUCACCUGCGCCAAUUUCGGGAAUAGUUAGAAAAAUGAAAAAAGAAGAAGACAUUAAUUUCAUUGAAGAACUGCAGCAGCCAGCUCGUAAAAGCCGACGAAUUCAGAUCAAUCCCGAACCACAACAAUCACUACCGUACGUGCCUCCCCAACGUCUAGUACACAUCGAUUUCAAAGGAGCACCGCCCAAGCUGCUUUACCUUCAAAAACUUUUCCCAUUAAUAAAAAGAUUCGGUGGAACAGGUCUUUUACUUGAAUGGGAAGACAUGUUUCCUUGGAGUGGAAAUCUGUCUCCAAUAGCUGCCGGCAAUGCAUAUUCCAAAGCAGAAAUUAGAGAAAUAUUGAAAAUGGCCGCAAUUAACGGACUGGAAGUAAUCCCCCUAAUACAAACGUUCGGUCACGUAGAGUUUGCAUUAAAAUUACCUGAUUUUGCCCAUUUGAGAGAAGUCCAAGAGUCGCCACAAGCACUCUGUCCAUCGUUUAACGCCUCUAUGAAGUUUGUCGAACAAAUGGUCGACCAAAUUCUCGAGAUUCAUGGGAAUGUGAACUACUUACAUAUUGGCUGUGACGAAGUGUUCCAUAUGGGAGAAUGUUUCAGGUGCAGGUCGAAAGCCAGAGAAGACUUGUUCUUAUCUCAUGUCAAGCAAGUGGCUACGUAUGUACGAACAAAAUCUCCAAACACAAUUCCUAUUAUAUGGGAUGACAUGUUGAGACAUUUACCAGUGGCCACAAUGCAAUUAUACGACAUUGGGAAAUUAGUGGAGCCGAUGGUGUGGGUAUACGCCGAGGACGUGUAUAGAUUUGUUAUGCAGAAUGUUUGGGAAAAAUAUCAAAUUGUUUUCCCGAAUGCGUGGACAGCUAGCGCUUUCAAAGGGGCAUUUGGUGAAACGUUAUACAUUCCAAACGUUAAGAGACAUUUGGAAAACAAUUUGAAUUGGUUACAAUUGAUGUCCAACGAAAAUAGUCGGUUUACAGGUGGUUUCAAAGGAAUUGUCAUAACUGGCUGGCAAAGGUAUGAUCAUUUUGCUGUUCUAUGCGAGGUAUUACCGUCAUCCAUACCAUCGAUGGUCGUUAAUCUUUUGGCUACUACAAAUGGCUACAUGAAUCAGUCGCUGCAAACCGAUUUGAACGAAGGACUCAACUGUGGUAUUUUUGGCCACAACAACGAAUACGACGGAGAUUUUUUAAACUUAAAUAAUGAUCCCCACCUCUGGGACCAGUUCUCGAGAUGCACAUUUCCCGGAAAUACAUUUUUUAGGUUGUUAUAUAGAUUGCAUACCAUUGAAAUAGACUACAACGAUUUUAUAUUAGUGACCAAAAAGAAUCGUGGAUGGAUGACUAGUUACAACGUAGAACAUGAAUUUUCAUCUCCGCUUCGUGUCGAUGAACUGAUGAAUGAUCAUUCUCGUAUAUAUCGAUCGCUUUUAUCUAUGGUUAGACCUUUUCAGGAAUCGAUGACUGGGAUAUUUGAUAAAUAUACCAUAUCCGAAUGGAUAGAACAAAGAAUUUAUCCAAUGAUUAAAGAACUGGAAAAAAUACACAGUGAGGCACGUGAGCUUAAGUCAAAAAAGACAUGGCCUAAAAGACCACUACCUAUGUUGAAAGAAUUAUUAAGGAUUGGAGUUACUGAACGUGAACUUUCUACACCAUCCAAUGACGGAACGUAAACAUUUGAUUUUUAUUUGAUUGUGUUUGUUAUGAACUAGGCGUCAAAAAUAUAUCUUGUAGAUAAAAAUAAUUAAUUCUACAAGUUUAUUUGAGACCUUAAGACAUGGUAUAAGUUGACAAAGUUUCAGGGUUAUGUGUGAACUGCAUUUCAAAAGGGUAUUAUCAUAAUAUAAGUGAUUCUUAGUAAAAUGAUUGAUUAAGUUUGUGCCACCAAGUGUUGGGUUUUGGGCUCUAUAGGAUAUGUGCAAUUUAGUAAAACAAUAAAUUAUAUUAAUAAAAAAAAACCUAAUAUGUAAAUAUUUACUGACCAAAAUGUAUAAAUUUAAAAUUUAAAAGAUGACACAAAACCAGACCAGUUUGUAGUUGGUCCUUGGCCAGGGUGCGCAAAGCUGGAGAGAGUAGACAGUUUAGGAAAAUGCUUCAGGAACUAAAUGAAGCAAUAAUACUCGAUUGGGGAUUCAAAUUCAUGAGAUUUUACAUAGUAGCACUCAAAACCACAGAGCCACAGGUCAAAAUGGUCCAAUAAAUCUAAUCACAAUUCACUACUUUAGUAUGAUAUGUGAGUUGUGCAUAUGGCUUUUGAAAAAUGUGUCAAACAUAACUUUAUUAAUAUAAGAACUUACACAAUAAUCUUGUGCCAUGCAAUAGUUUUAAUUUAUCUUCUAAAUACUUAUUCAAUCAUCAAGGCUAUAAAAAAUGUAAUUUUUAUUUUUAUUACAUUAAAACUUGUUGAAUAUUUUGUUCAUUUAAAAUUAACUUGAAUAACUUUUUUUGUGU